AUGAUUUUUCGAAAUAUUCUUUCAAAAAAUUUUCCAAACCGACUCCUUUAUAGCUCUUUACAACCGACCAUACGUCCUCAUGAAACAACCGAACAAAAGCGAGCUAGACUGCUUUACCAGUCUAGGAAAAGAGGAAUCUUGGAAACUGAUUUAUUACUUUCGACAUUUGCUAAAAAGUUUCUUAAUGAAUUUACCGAAACAGAAUUAAAAGAAUAUGAUGAAUUAUUAAAUAUGCCUGAUUGGGAUAUUUAUUAUUUUGUAACUGAUAAAAAACCUAUUCCUGAACGUUGGAUAAAGAGUCUGUUGUUUCAAAAAUUAAAAGAGCAUAUUCUUCGCCAAAUGAAAGCUCAAGGGGCAAUUGAGACAAAUAACCCCCAAUGUGCAUCAGCUUUGGAUUAUUUACGAUCUUUGCAACUGGAUCUAAAUCGUUCAAAUACCUAUAUAUGUGGAUGA